AUGAAGUUCUUCGGCCGCAUCAGGGCGACCGCCCUUGCGGCAUCGCUGUAAGAUCUGCAGCAAUGCGCUGCCGAUAUGACUGAGGGCACUUACGCCCAUGGUGAAACCGGCAUCAGGUUCAAGACAUGGACCUCACAAGAUGGGGGGUUUACUUUUGGCAUGACUCUUCCGGAGAACGCCCUGGAGAAGGAUGCUAACGAGUACCUCGGCCUUAUUCGCUGCAAGAUCGCCCCCAGCACCACUGGCCCUGGCUACUGCGGCAUCUCCCAUGGCAACAGCGGCCAGAUGACCCAUUCCCUGCUUCUGGUGACAUGGCCCUUCAACGGAACCGUUUAUACCUCAUUUCGCUACGCUACAGGCUACACGCUGCCAAAUGUAUACAGAGGUGACGCAAAAUUGACGCAGAUCGCGUCCAAUAUUACCGAAGACAGCUUUGAGCUUCUGUACCGCUGCCAGAACUGCUUCUUCUGGGACUAUGAGGGUGUCAAAGGUAAUACCUCGACCUCCCAGGGGUUCCUGACCCUUGGCCGUGCGGCUAGCAAGGGCGGCGUGCAGGGUCCGACAUGCCCCGAUACGGCAACGUUCGGGUUCCAUGAUAAUGGUUUUGAGAUUUGGGGAUUCGGGCUGGAGGAUGUGGUUGUGCAGUCGAGAACGUACAGGCAAUGGACCGCGUGGGCGUUUAACACCCCUGAGACUACCUGCGAGAAUACUGGCCCUGCCGAGCCGACAUGCGUCCCUGCUCCCGAGGAGACCUUCGACUAUAUCGUCGUCGGUGCAGGGGCUGGGGGCAUUCCUGUUGCCGACAAGCUGAGCGAAGCAGGGCACAAGGUCCUGCUAAUCGAGAAGGGUCCCCCGUCCACCGGCCGCUGGAACGGUACCAUGAAGCCCGAAUGGCUCGAAGAGACCAAUCUCACCCGCUUCGACGUUCCCGGCCUUUGCAACCAGAUUUGGGUCGACUCGGCUGGCAUUGCCUGCACAGACACUGACCAGAUGGCCGGCUGCGUGCUGGGCGGCGGUGUCGCUGUGAAUGCGGGCCUCUGGUGGAAGCCCCCAAAGAAAGACUGGGACGAGAACUUCCCAGAAGGCUGGAAAUCCUCCGAUCUGGAAUCAGCCACAGAACGCGUCUUCCAGCGCAUUCCUGGUUCAUGGCAUCCCUCGGCCGACGGCAAGCUCUAUCGGCAAGAAGGCUACGACGUGCUCGCAAGCGGCUUGCGCGCCUCUGGCUGGACCGAGGUCGUCGCGAACGAGGUGCCCGACAGGAAGAACCGCACGUUUGCCCACACACAUUACAUGUUCCGCAAUGGCGAGCGCGAUGGGCCGCUGGCCACAUACCUUGUUUCCGCGUAUGGACGGGAAAACUUUGAACUGUGGACGAAUACCGGGGUCAGGAGGGCGCUCAGGACGGGUGGUACGGUGACGGGCGUUGAGUUGGAGUGCGUGACUGAUGGCGGGUUUAAUGGCACCGUCAAGUUGAAUCCUGGUGGUGGUGUUAUCUUCUCGGCCGGCGCGUUUGGGUCAGCGAAGUUGCUGCUGAGGAGCGGUAUCGGCCCCCAGGAUCAGCUCGAGAUCGUCGCCAGCUCCAAGGAUGGCGAGACCUUCAUUGAUCGCAGCGAGUGGAUCAAUUUGCCGGUCGGGUACAACCUGAUUGACCAUCUUAACACUGACCUCAUCAUCGAGCACCCCGAUGUCGUGUUCUAUGACUUCUAUGAGGCCUGGUAUGAGCCGCCGGAGGACGACAGGACAGCGUACCUUGACAGGAGGUCGGGUAUCCUCGCUCAGGCUGCGCCCAACAUUGGUCCUAUGAUCUGGGAGGAAAUUACCCCGUCCGACGGAAAAGUUCGCCAGUUCCAAUGGACGGCUCGUGUCGAGGGUGACAUGCGCUUCACGAACUCAACGACUGCAAUGACCCUUAGCCUGUACCUCGGCCGCGGCGUUGUCUCUCGUGGCCGCAUGACUAUCACCCCCGCACUGGUGACCACCGUCGCAGAGCACCCCUACUUGCGCGACGCAGGCGACCGCGAGGCCGUCAUCGCAGGUAUCAAGAGUCUGGUUGACUCUCUAAGCGUCAUCCCGAAUAUCACAUUCGUCUUGCCUCCCAAGGGACAAACAAUCGAGGGUUGGUUUGAUAGCCUCCCCAUCGCCCCCUCCAACCGGCGCUCGAACCACUGGAUGGGCACCGCCAAGCUCGGGCCCGACGACGGUCGCCAGCCAAACGGCACAGCUGUGGUAGAUCUCGACACCAAGGUCUAUGGCACGGAGAACCUGUUCGUCGUGGACGCGUCUAUCUUCCCAGGCAUGUCGACAGGCAACCCAUCAGCUAUGAUUGUGAUUGCUGCGGAGAAGGCGGCGGAGAGGAUCUUGGCUUUGAGGAAGUGA